UUCAAAGAAAAUGAAGUUAAGGGAAAGGAAGUACCCAUGUGAGUGUCUUAUAUUAUAUUAUAACAACAAGAACAACGCUAGCUAUAUAUUCUAGUUGUGAAAACUUAGCUCAAGGUUCCAUUAUUUUUGCUAGUUCAAGUUCCAAUUCCAAAUUGAUAUUCACCCCUUAGCAAGAAUGAGACAAAGAAUGGAAAGGCUUGUCAUUCUUCCUUUCUCUGCUGGUUGCAUCUCUGAGGCCAGUGUUGCUGUAGGUGUUCCCCAGCCAAGAAGAUCAAAAUCAGACACCAACACACAACAAGAUUCAAUAAAAGGAUCUAAAGGCGUUGAGGAUUCAGAGACUUUGUCCGGUGAAAGCAUGAAAAACUCGUUGAGGUUCCUUGACGUUGUUCCAAAGCCUAACCUUUCCACCGGUUUCAAUAGGCUGUUCAAGGGUUUCAAGAACUUUUCUCAAUUGUUUGUGGAGAAAGAAGAGGAGUUGGAAGAACUUGAAAUGGACAUAGAAAUAGGGUGCCCAACAGAUGUGCAACAUGUGGCACACAUUGGUUGGGAUGGUAUCACAGCUACUGCUGACCCCAUCAGCAACAGGGGAUGGAACUCUUUCCUUCCUCCUGAGCUGCUCUCUCUAUCAUCUCAAUCUUUAGGGCAGCAAGAGGUCUCUAAUUUGGACUCAAAAGAUGAAGCAUCAUCACUCCAGAAGCAUCCUAAUUAAUUGAAGUUUUCAUUUUAAUAUUUGAUGCAAGCAUGAUUUGGUUGUUGAGGAUAUAUAUAUACAUACAUAUAUAAAUAUAUUAUGGUGAGUUGCAUUUGUAAUCAUGCUCUUCAUGAUUAAGUUUCUAUGUAAAUGUAUAAUUACUCCAUGAUGAUGAGCGUCUCUCAAUUUGUAAUUUAUCUAGCUACUCUUUUAAUCUCUCUAAGGUACUUUUUAAGCUAAGAUUGGACUAUUUUAUUGAUACACACGUUGCAGAGAGAAUAAGGCCAUGUUUGUAGGUUGAAUUUUGGAAGAGAGAAGGAAAAUAGAAGGCUCAUGAGAAGUCCUCACAUUGUUUGAGACCUUUUAAAGAGGAAGAAGGGUUUGAAGAAUUCAUGAAAACCUCCAAAAAUCCUCCUUCAAUUAUUUUGUUGAGUUUCCCUAAAUGUAGGGGGGUUGUAAAAUUGAAACUAGGGGGAGGGCCCUUCCUCCUCCCCUACCCUAAAAUCUCCUAAACAACCCCUCAAAGUGAUAUGCUAUUUGUACUAUUU